AUGCCGUCGUCGUCGUCGAGGAGAGGAGGGCUGCGGGGGCCGAGGCCAGUGCCGCUUAAGGUGUCGUCGUCGUCGGCGGCGGGGACGACGAAGGGGCCGGCCAAGAAGGCUGCCGCGGCGGCGCCGGUGAUCGUGUACGAGCACACGCCCAAGGUGGUGCACGCGCGGCCGCAGGAGUUCAUGACCGUCGUGCAGCGGCUGACGGGCAAGCCGCCGGCGUGCUCGUCGUCGUCCUCGCCGCCGCUGAUGACGCCCGCGACGACGUCAGCGUACGCGCCGGCGAUGGCCGAGGACGGCGGGGCCGGGGCGGCUGCAGUUGCAGCAUGCGGCGGCGACCCGCUGCUGCUCACCCUCGGGCAGCGCCAGGCCCCGGCGACGCCGCCGCAGCAGCAGCAGCUGCCUCCGGCGGUGCCGUCGCCGAUGAUGGCGGCCGGCAUGCUGCUCUCCCCCGGCUUCAUCUUCUCCCCCAACACCAUGCAGUCCAUCCAGGAGCUCAGUCCAUUGUUCUAA